CUUCUCCAAGGACUACGCUUCCUCAAGGUGGUGUUUGAACGAACUUCUGAAGAUCGUGGAACGUAGAAAUACUGAUCAUAGACAUGUGGUUCUGCCAGUUUUCUAUGAGGUGGAUCCAUCCGAUGUCAGGAAGCAGAGUGGUCCUUUUGCUGAAGCAUUUGCCAGACAUGAGGAACGAUUCAGUACGGAGAUGGACAAGGUGGAGCAGUGGAGAAGAGCUCUUGGAGAUGUUGCAUCUUUGGGAGGAAUGGUUUUAGGAGAUCGGUAUGAGGGGCAGUUCAUCCAAGAAAUUGUUGAAGAGAUUAGAAAUAAAGUGGGUCACGCAGCUUUAGACGUCGCUCCCUUUGCAGUUGGAAUGGAUAAUCGUGUGCAAGACCUAAACAUGUGGCUACAAGAUGGAUCCAAUGAUGUUGGUGUAGCUGUCAUCUGUGGGAUGGGUGGAAUUGGCAAGAGCACCAUCGCGAAAGCCGCGUAUAACCGCAACUUUGAUAGAUUUCAAGGUAGCAGCUUUCUUGCAGAUAUACGAGAAUCUGCAGAACAACCCAAUGGUUUUGCUUGCUUGCAAAGAAAACUUCUUUCAGAUAUCCAAAAGGGGAAAGCAAAGAAAGUAUACAAUAUGGAUGAAGGAACAAUCAGGAUCAAACAAGCCGUUGGCAAUAAAAAAGUUCUUAUUGUUCUUGAUGAUGUGAGCAACCGGGAUCAACUCAAUGCAAUUCUUGGAAUGCGAGAGUGGCUUCAUCCAGGAAGUAAAAUUAUCAUAACAACUAGACAUGAGCAUUUGUUAAAUGCUCAUAAAGUUUUUGAAAAGUUUAUGGUUCAAGGACUGGAUGAGGAUGAAUCACUAGAGCUUUUCUGUUGGCAUGCCUUCAGACAAUCCCAUCCAGAAGAAGGUUACAUGAAGCUUUCAAGACAUGUGGUCCAGCACUGUGGAGGGCUUCCAUUAGCUCUUCAAGUUCUGGGAUCUUCUCUAUCCGGAAAAUGUGUAGAAGUGUGGCAAAGUGCAUUGCAGAAGUUAGACGUGAUCCCUAAUGACAAAAUUCAAAAAGUUCUGAGGAUAAGUUUUGAUUCUUUACAAGAUGAUCAUGACAAAAAUUUAUUCCUUCACAUAGCCAGUUUCUUCACAGGAAAGAGGAUGGAUUAUACAAGUAGAAUAUUGGACAGCUUAGAGUUUUACACAAGGAUUGGGAUUGAAAAUCUAGUUGACAGAUGCCUAGUGAAAAUUCAAUGGAACAGGUUGGUCAUGCAUCAAUUGGUGAGAAAAAUGGCAAUGGAAAUUAUUCGUGAAGAAUCACCUGAUGACCCUGGAAAACGUAGUAGAGUGUUGCAGAAAGAUGCCUCUAAUAUUUUGAGAAAAUUAAGUCAGGGUACGGAAAAUAUUAAGGGCCUCAUGCUCAACCUUGCUAGCAAAAGAACGUUUGUUCGAAGUGAUAAAAAACGAUGCCAUGUUGAAGAUUAUGAUGGAAAUUGUUCAAGACGACGUCGGCUUGGUUUCUUCUCUUGGAAGCCAAUUAGCUUUUCCUCCACAAACUCAGCUUCUGCAUCAAAUGAGAUAGAUUUCAAAUCUGAGGCAUUUAGAAGGAUGCAGAAUCUUGAAAUUCUCAUUCUCAACAACGUCAACAUCAGGGGAAGCUACGAAGAAUUUUCAAAAAAUUUAGUAUGUUUAUCUUGGCGGGGAUUCCACUUAAAAUCAAUACCAGAAAAUUUUUGUUUGGAAAACCUGGUUGUUCUAGACAUGCGAAAUAGUAGCCUACAACAUGUUUGGAAUGGGACCAGGGUUAUUCCGAGGCUGAAGAUUCUUAAUUUCAGUCAUUCGCAUGGCCUUAGGACAAUCCCCGACUUCUCAGGACUCUAUAACCUUGAGAGGUUGAUUCUUAAACAUUGCUUAAAUUUGGUUGAGGUUCAUGAGUCCAUCGGACACCUAGAAAAACUUCUUGUUUUGAAUCUAAAAGGCUGCAAAAAUCUCAUGAAGCUUCCAAUAUUGAGAUCUAUUCAGGAUCUUAUUCUUUCUGGUUGCUCAAAGCUUGAAAUGAAGAAACUCAAUCUGGUAUCAUCUAAAUCAUGGUAUUCAGUCUGGUCGUGGGUGUCGCCAAGAAAAAAUACUAAAUUAAGCAGUUUCUCAUUGGCAAGUUUACCACGUUCUCUGACAAGUUUAAGUCUGGAUUGCUGCAAUAUAUCAGAGAUUCCAAGUGCCCUAACUAUGCUGUCCUCGUUAGAGUACUUGAAUCUGGAUGGUAAUCCGAUUACAAGCCUACCAGAAAGCAUGAACUAUCUUGUUAAGCUCCGGACUCUUAAAGGAUCUGAAUGCAGAAACCUCACAACACUUCCAGAGCUCCCACGUUCUUUGACGAGUUUAACGCUGGUUCGCUGCAAUAUAUCAGAGAUUCCAAGUUCCCUAACUAUGCUGUCCGCGUUAAAGUACUUGAAUCUGCAUGGUAGUCCGAUUACAAGCCUACCAGAAAGCAUGAACAAUCUUGUUAAGCUCCAGACUCUUAGAGUAUCUGGUUGCAGAAACCUCACAAUGCUUCCAGAGCUCCCACGUUCUUUGACAAGUUUAAAUCUGGCUUGCUGCAAUAUAUCAGAGAUUCCAAGUGCCCUAACUAUGCUGUCCUCAUUAAAGUACUUGGAUCUUGAUGGUAAUCCGAUUACAAGCCUACCAGAAAGCAUGAACAAUCUUGUUAACCUCCAGACUCUUGAUGUAACUGGUUGCAGAAACCUCACAAUGCUUCCAGAGCUCCCACGUAGUUUGGAACAAUUGCAUGAUAGAGGUUGCGCAUCAUUGAAAAGAAUAACAAAUUAACCGAAGUUGGCCAUGUCACCGGACUUAGAUUACUGGUUUUCUUGCAUAGUAAUGGACCCAAGGCUAUGGUAUUGUGGGAAACUUGUUGAUUUUAGAAGCUUGUUGGAUACACUAGCAUUGGUCUCAUAUCUCUCAGAUCUAUUCGAUUUGGAACCCAAAGGUGGCAUUGAGGUCCAAGGGAACUAUUGUGAGAGUUUGGGCGUCAAGGUUCUCUCUCUCUCUCUCUCUCUCUCUCUUAUGUACAGGUGCUUAUAAUAUGGUGAAUAAGAUCUCUAUGGCGUAAACGAUUAGAUUGUAAUGACAACAUCACCAUGGAACUGCAGGGAACUUUUGACUGCUGCAUAUUGAGCAUAUUUGUUCAGGGGAGCAAGAUUCCAGAUCGGUUCAAUUACAGGAGCAUGGGUAACACUGUGUUCUCUAUUAUUGUUCCUUCACAUCUUAAUCUCAAGAUCGUAGGUUUAAACGCAUGUAUAUUAUAUGCACAGCAGUCGGAUCGGAGCCUUGAGGUUGCACGUGGCCAUGAUCACCGUUCGCUUGAACUUAGGAAUGAGACAAAGGGCCGUAAGUGGAACUUAAGAAUGCGGAAUGAGGUUGAAUGGAACUUAAGAAUGCCGUUGGAUCAUGGGGAACAAUGAGUUGGAAUGCGGGGAAAGAGUGUGUCUUGCAAUCAAAGAGGACAAUGGUUUCCUCACAAAGGAGAUUGGAGUCCAGUUUGUGUACAAGCGGCAAAAUAAGGAUAGGGAGGAUGUGCCAUCAAGUAGUGAAGAUACAACGAUCCAACGAGAAAGAUCUCCUUGGGAGUAGACCCAAAGUUUCCUUGAAACCACAAGACCCCGUGUUCCGGGGGGUGUAGAGACGGGGAUUCAAUGCAUCCAUAGCUGCGAUAAGAAAGUAAUUUCAACUGUCAUGUGUGCGGCUGAAUACUAUUUCUGUAACAGUGACAGGAUCGAGAGGCUCUACCGCAGUGGGUCGUAGGCUUUCGGACUUUUAGCCAAAAUAACCCAGUUUAAUUGAUGUUGGUGAUGCCCAAAUCACUAGAUUCAGAUGUGUAUUGGUUGUUAAGCUUUCGUUUCUAUCUAUUUUCUGUUUCCUCCUAAAAAAUUGUUUUCAAGAAUUUAAUAAAAUUCCAUACCAAACAAGUUCUUGCCUA